AUGUCAGCGAAUUGGUUAGAGUAAACAAGAAGUGUUUUAGAAAACAUUGAACUUCUUGAUCAGACUGUUUUGGAUUUCAUGUUUGAUAAACUUGAAAAUCCUAAAGAUUAGGUGAUCAUUGAUAAUAAAUUAAAAAAUUUGAUUGAAAUGAAGUAAAGUAAAUGCAUGGAUGCUUUAAUAUUACUAUAAGAUUUUGAUGGCGUUAAGAAAGAAGAAAUGGCUAUCCUUGAAGGCAAAAAGAGUGUUAGUGCUGGUACAAGAUAGCCUGAUAUUUGGUAUAAUUUCUAAUAGCGCUUAAAGGAUAUUAAGGAAUAUUAUAAAAAGCAUUAGAAUCAAAAUAUUUAAGUAAUCGAUAAGGAAUUCUUGAAAAAAAAUGUAUUCAGUCCUCCUUAUUCUGAACCUUUAUUUUCUACUGAUGAAUAAUAAGGAAAAUAUGUUGAUAUGAAUGUGCUUUAUUAUGAAUUUUUAAGUUUUGAUUUAAAGAAAAAGAAAAAAGUUAGACUUUCUGAAGAUUACCACAUUGGUGAUUAUUUGUGGUACUUAGAAAAGUUUGAUGCCUUCCACGAAAUUCCUCUUGCUCUUAAAUAAAAAGAAUAUUCAAGUUAUAAGUAAUACUUAUAGAACCUUAUUAAUUACUUGAAGGAAUUCUUUUUAAAAACUCAACCUUUGACUGAGUUUUCCAUUAUUGAUAGAUAAAUUCAGUAGGACUUCGAAUAUCGCUGGAAAGAAGGAUCUAUUCCAGGCUGGACAAAUUCAGGAUAUGAAGAUGUUAUUGAUUAUUCAAGCAAUGAACUUUUCUGCAAAGCAUGUAAGAAGUUAUUCUCCAACAGUAGUAUUUUCGCCCAUCACUUAGAAGGUAAGAAACAUAAAAUGGCUCAAAAAAAUCUUGAAAAAGAAGAAGAAAAAAUGUCUAAAUUAGAAGGAGCUCCUGAAAAAACUGAUAUGGGAUAGGAUGAUUAAGAUUAGUAAACUACAGGAGAAAUUAACAUGAAGGAUGAGUAAAAGAAAAAAUAAUUAGCUCAUUUAGAAUAAUAUAUUAUAGGCUUGAAAAAAUAAUUAGGUGAGGUAAUUAAUGAAACUAUCCUCUAUGUUAAAAAGAAGCAAACAAGAACAUAUUAAGAAAUUGAAGCAGAAAACCAAUAAGAAAAGGAUGCUGAACCCUAGAGUGAUAGUGAAGAUGAUGACAUUCCAUACAAUCCUAAGAAUGUGCCUUUGGGCCCUGAUGGAAAGCCUAUUCCAUAUUGGUUGUACAAGCUUCACUAGCUAGGUAUUGAGUACAAAUGUGAAAUAUGUGGUAACUACAGUUACUGGGGAAGAAGAGCUUUUGAAAAGCAUUUCUCAGAAUGGAGACACAGUUAUGGUAUGAAGUGCUUAAAAAUACCCAAUACUAUUCACUUCAAGGAAAUUACAUCUAUCAAGGAUGCUCUCGCUCUUCACCAUAAACUUUCUAUGGAAAGCGAAUAUUCUUAAUUCAACAUUGAUCAAGAAGAAGAAUAUGAAGAUUCUGAUGGAAAUAUACUUAACAAAAAGACUUAUAAUGAUCUUAAAAAGCAAGGAUUGUUGUGA